GACUUUGUACAAUGGAAUGAAUAAGGAACAUACUGCAGGAUCUGUGGAUGAGCAGACCAAAGCGUUGUGGACGUCCAUCUGGCACAACUUAGAGGAGAACAUCUUCAAACCAGCUGGGAGCAAACCACUGCUGGGCUCUUCCUUGCGGAGGUCAUGAGGAGAGAUAGGCUACUGGUGGCUGUCACUUUGGUCACCCUCCUGGUGGCUGACAUUCAUUUCAUCCUGAUUCCAAGACUGAAAACCUGGUAUCACCUGCCUAGGGAAAGCUGCACGUGCAGUGGUGCCAAUGGCAGCUGGGCGAGUGGAGUUCCAGUAACUGAUCUGUGGUUGUUGAAUCAGACCUCAACCUUGGUUUCUACUGAGCAAGACUCUAAGCUAGAGCGGUUGUUCAGACACCCGCUGUACAACAUUCGCCUUCCCAAAGUGGGACCCGAUGAACUGCUAUUGCAGCAUGAUGAACUUAUGAAUUACUACAAGAGGAAAGUGAACCGUUGGGAGAGACUGAGAAAGGUGUACAUUGAUGCGGCAGCUGCUUUAAACAUCACUAUACCUGAUCACCCCGUGACGUUUGACGCUGAGGCCAGCUGGCUGCGAUUUCAUCUCGGGAUCAACCGAUAUGAGCUCUACUCCAGAGAUGACAGCAGCAUAGACAAACUCCUGCUGGACAUGCAGACAGCCACUGUUAUCAGUGCGGAUUAUACUCAGGAUGAGAAAGCGUUAAAGGGUGCAUGUGACUGCUUUCAAGUGGUUAAGCCAAGCGGUCUUCACUUGAAGUUGGCACUGAAGCUCCAAGAUUUUGGCAAAGCUAUGUUUAAACCAAUGAGACAGGAGCGGCACGACGAGACACCAGAAAACUUCUUCUAUUUUGUUGACUUUCAGAGACACAAUGCAGAGAUUGCAGCCUUUCAUCUAGACAGAGUUCUGGACUUCCGGAGAGUUCCACCAGUGUCUGGGAGAUUCAUUAAUCUGACCGGUGAAGUCCUGCACAUAACUCACAAUGACGACCUGCGCAAUGUUUUCUUUACUUCUCCAGCCAACAACACAUGUUUCUUUGCCAAGUGUUUAUAUAUAUGCAAGUCAGAGUAUGCAGUGUGUGGUCACCCGGAUCUUCUGGAAGGAUCCAUGUCCGCUUAUCUACCAGGCCUGAGCAUUGCUCCACGGAUCUCCAUUCCCAACCCCUGGAUACGUGCCUACAGUUUCACUGGACGAGAGGAGUGGGAAGCUAAUCCGUUAUACUGUGAUAAAAUUAAGAAACUUUAUCCCUACAACUCUGGAAACAGACUUCUCAACAUUAUUGACAUGACAAUAUUCGAUUUUCUCACAGGAAACAUGGACAGGCACCACUAUGAGAUUUUCACCAAGUUUGGGGAUGAAGGUUUCUUGCUUCACUUAGACAAUGCCAGAGGAUUUGGACGAUAUUCCCAUGAUGAAAUGUCGAUUUUAGCACCCUUGACCCAAUGUUGCGUCAUCAAGCGCUCUACACUGUUGAGAUUGAAGCUUUUGGAGAGAUCUGAGUACCGCCUAAGUGAUGUAAUGCGAGAGUCCCUCUCCCGAGAUCCCCUCACUCCCAUUCUGACCGAGGCCCAUCUGGAGGCAUUGGAUCGACGGUUGGGACAGAUUCUUCGGGCGGUGGGUAGGUGUGUGAAAAAGCUGGGAGAAGCACAAGUGGUGGUCACAGACUUUGUGGAAUCACAGAGAGGAGCUACUUCACAUCCAACAGAAAACGAUAGGUGACAAAGGACAUCUCAGAAGAAAAUGGACAAUUCCAAGUUUCUUACUACACUGUCAGAAAAAUGGUCAAUAAAUGAAAUAUAAAAUGUUAUGAACAUCAGUCUGUCUGAUGUUUAUUUAUUUUUAUAAACCCCUCUUUCUUUCUUUGCUCUUUAAAGCAGAGUCUAGAACAUCUAUUUUAUUACAUUGUGUGUAAUUCAGAAAAUCAUGAAGAGCAUCGAUGAGUGGUUGCCAAUAUGAUGUUUACAUCUUUAAAUUAAUUGAAAUGAUUUGAAAGAUCAGACUGUGAAUUGAGUCUAGUCAGAUAUAGUCAUUUGGAAAGCUGCCUAUAGCUAUAGACAGAUAGAAGACAAUAGUAUGAUAAGAUGACACUGCGAUAGCAAACACACCAUUUAUGCGGUACCUUAACUGUACAUUGAAAAUGUUUCCUCUCAUUAUCCUUUGGUGGCUGAACCUCUAUGAUUAUCCAGCACAAACAAAACGUCAUCCACACAAAGGUAAACACUAGGAGAUUUAAUGGCUGGUUUCUCUAAAACAGACAGACUUAAAUAAUCUGGGCCUAUACUUUACAAGCUUUUAAGAGGAGUCUUAACAAACAUCUACAGUAAAUGCAACCUUAAAUAUUGCAGUUUAGCAAUUCUCUGAGUAAGCGUAAGCUCAUUCCCAUUACUGUCUGACUCAACAAACCAGGAAUAAUAGUGUCUGUGAAAUAAUAAUAAUAAUAAAUGGAUAAUAAAUGUC